AUGUCCAAGUCGAUUGCUAUAAUCGCCGCGGGUGCCCCCGCUGCUCUGGUGCAGGCUGCGUCUGCCAUGGUAUCCAAGGCAACUUGUGGUGCCGUAAAGACGACGCAAGCGACAUCGGCUGCGUCCAACGCCGUCGUUGUUGGUAUGCAGGCCCCGCGCGGCGUGUACGCGUGCGUCGCCGAGCCGCCUAGCACGCCCAGCGAGCCAUACGCGGGCGUGAAGACAGUUGUGGUGCGCGCCAUCCUCCCACGUGGCGCGCCGGACACGAUGCAGGUGCGUGACGUGCUGGAUGUGUAUCCGGCCUCCGGGAUCGCAUGCGAGGCGGAAACGGCAAAGGCGGUGGAGAACUUUACCAAGGCGGCCAAGGUGGCUGUUGAGAAGGCGAAGGCAAUGAAGGCGUCGCGCGUGACACUCGUAAUGAAGCCGGCGACCAAGUACGAGCGCCUGAAUGCCCUCUUCCGCGAGACAUGCACUAAGACGAUCGAGGCAUCUGGCCUCUCCGUCGAGGCGUCCACCACUGCCGCGGCGGCUAACAUCCUCACAAUGUUUCCGGAGAGGAUGAGUGUGGCUAUGGUGUGCGACGACCCCGUCUGCGAGAACGUACAAUACGCGUACGCCGGCAUUGUCGGCGGUGUCCACACCACCUACUAUACUGACGCUGGUAGCAAGAUACACGGGGGACACAGCUACAAAUCCGUCGCGAUGGCGUUGGCGGAGGAGCUCAAAUCCCUAGGCAUGAAGGCGGAGGCAGCGAAGGUGGAGGCGGCGGCCCAGAAGAGCCCCCGCAAUGCCGCUGCUGCUCUGUAA